CUGUUGAGUACAACAAGCGUGACUUGGUUGGUGUCCGGAGAGAUAUACUGCGUGCUGAGAUACGAUCUAGCGAUGACACACGCUACUUGACUCCAGAGGGUGGCCAAGUAGCACUACAAGAAGAAUACAAUAACCUAGGAGAGCUCGAUUAA